CGGCGGCGGCGCACCAGCGGCAGUGGGACGGACUGGUUGACAGACAGCUUCGCGUUCUUCCGCUACGGUGAUGUGUCGUCGUUCACCGCUGUGCAACCGUGCCGUCGCGCCGUGCCGUGCCAGCUCGCCGAUUAAUACGGAAACGGAGUACGGUCGCGCGUCAGCGGCGACAACAACGACAACGACGACGACGACGACGACGACAACAACAACGACGACCGGCGUCGACGGCGACGACGACGACGGCGGCGCGUGUCGCGAUUAAUAAACGGGCAGUGUGUGGUGCUGUGGGGGAAGGGACGAUGACGGCCGCGGGGAUAAUUUGGGUGGCGACUUGAGGGCAGAAAUGUUGAAAUUCGGCAGCAAGAGCGACGUGACGGUGGUGCAUCGCGCCACUAUUCGACUGUUCGACGACAACGAAAUCAUCUACUGUGACUUUCAGCCACAAGACAAAGGACGACACAUUCUCGAAUAUGUGUGUAAGCAGCUCAACAUUUUGGAGAUGGACUACUUCGGGCUUCGCUACGUCGAUAAAGAAAGGGAAAGGCAUUGGCUGGACCUAGCGAAAACGGCGAUGAAGCAGGUGAAAGAUAUGCACGAGAUUGUGCUGUGCUUUCGCGUGAAAUUCUACCCGCCCGAUCCUCUGCGGUUAAAGGAGGAGAUCACCAGGUAUCAAGUGUACCAGCAGCUCAAAAGGGACCUGCUUUACGGACGUUUGUGUUGUACCUCCGGCGAGGCAGCGCUUCUGGUGGCUUGCAUCGUGCAAAGUGAAUUGGGGGAUUACGAUCCCGAGAUCCAGGAAGGGAACUAUAUUUCCGAGCACAAAUUACUGAAGACCCAGACGCCGACGAUCGAGGAGAAGGCAAUGGAGUUACAUCAGACUCAGUUGAAAGGGUUCACGCCGGAACAGGCGGAAAACUACUUCCUUAGGAUAGCCUCGCAAUUGGAUACAUACGCGGUCGAUCCACAUCCGGUCAAGGACCCCGACAAGAGCACGCAGCUUCAUCUGGGCAUUAACCACUGUGGAAUCCUGACGUUCCAAGACUCACGGAAGAUACAGCAUUUCCGCUGGUCGGAAGUUCAGAAGAUCAAUUUCGAAGGGAAGAUGUUUAUCGUGCAUGUGACGAUAAGCGAGGACGUGAGGACGAAGAAAAAGCAUCUCGUCGGGUUCAAAUGUCCCACGGCAACAAACUGUCGUCACGUGUGGAGGUGCGCCAUCGAGCAGAUGCUGUUUUUUACCUUACCGAGGGCGUCGGACGCGCCGGUGGUGAGUGGUGGCUCUAUCUUCUCGUGGGGAUACAAAUUUAAAUAUACCGGAAGAACGGAGAGGGAAGUUUUGGAGGAGGCAGGACCACUCCGGAAGGAGGAGCCGCCGAUACAACGCUGUCAGUCGACGUGCUUGAGAAGAAAAGCCAGCAGCGUACCGGCAACUCCUAGCACGCCGAGCCAGGACCUCGUCGAAAUAAGAUAUUCUAGCUUACCACGUAGCUGUCAUAGCGCGGGCCUAGACGGCAGCGGGAUGCUGGACGGUGCGGGAGUUCCCCUCAGUUCGCCCUACUGCCCAGACAAUACCUUGCCCCUUCUGGAGACUGUAUCCGAGGACCAAGAGAUUCACGCCAGGAGAAACAACGCCGUAGACGAAAAUGAUACGCAUGCGAGUGCCACCCACACGUCUACUACUACCAUCACCACCACCACUACCACCACCACCACCUCCAACACCAUCACCACAAACCGUGCGAAAGCCAAACUGAAAUUUCCCAAGAGCACGCUGAACCGACCGUUGUACAGUCAGAAAAUAGUGAUAGGCUCGGAGGAGCUGGCAGGCCACGACGUCGAGCACGUCGUGCGGCAGCGCAUUAACGCCCUGACUAACGAGCGUUGCCCGAUGGUGGUGCGGUCGACCGCCCUAAUAAUCAAGAGCUCGAAGGCGCCGGCGAGCGCAUCCAACGGACGCAUCCCUGUCAGAAGCGUGCACAUCGAUACCGAGCGUGAUGGUAAAACGCGGGUAGAGGUAAGCGAGAUCGACGGCGAGGUAGGCCGCGGAUCUACAACGACGAAGACUGCCAACGGUUGCGCGACUCUGGCCGCGAGGCCGGAACUCUCGAAUGGAUUCGAUCGUUCGGGACGACGGGAGGCAGCAGUCGGUCAGCACGAGGGCGAGGCGAAUGAUUAUUACUUCAGGGACUCCUUCGAUCACUCCUCGUCGGAGAGCCAGCUGUUGGAUGCGUCCGGCAAGCCGCACAGUCGCUCGGUCACGCCGAUACCGAAGAUGCAAAAGCUGCAAAACUCCAAGCUCUGCCUCCAGCAGAAGCAUCAUCAGGGCGUCCGUCGCGCGGCGAGCGGCAAACUCAGACGCAGGAGUCUGCAUGUGGUCAGGAUCUUUAUACCGGCAUUCAUGCUGACGAUUACGGUGCUGUUCAUCGUGACGGUGUUGGUGUUCGAGACGGACACGACGCUGUUCAACAGUCUGCGCAAGACACCGGAAAUGGUGGCCUUAAGGAGCCAAUAUUACGUUCCGAUCAAGGAGUUCCUGCGGACCAAGCUCGGCCUAUUCUGAUGCGACAAGAUGACCGGGCCGAGGUCGUCCUACGUCGUCGCGUAACUCGCUCUCCCUUCAGUGCCAAGUUGCCAGGACGGACUCGUGACUGAAAGAAUUUACGGCCCACAAGUCGCGGAGAAAAGAGCGUGCGUCUCUUUUCUCUAUCUCUCUCGUCCUUAUCUCCCCCUUCCCUUGCCGUUGCGCGCCGUCACGUCGCAACUUGGUCGCACGAGCGUGAGUGCUUCGGACCGAGAAGAUGGAGUGCUACCGGAAGCAGAAGAAAAGAAGGCUGGAAAGAAGAGGAGAGACGAGAAACGGUCACAUUGAAGGGAUCAACCGAGGUCGGAAUCUCGCGCGACUUACCCGCGAGGAACGCGUUUUAAUUCAAUUUGAUUGACGGAAAAUCAGAAUUCUGUACAAAAGAAGAAACUGUACAAAGGUUGUAUUUAAUCGGGAUUUGAGCGAGAUGUAUGUAUAAAAUUGUGUUUAUGUGUUCUACUUGAUCCGCAAAUAAUCUUAAAUCGCCUAUUAUUUUUACGACGAGCGUUUUAUAACCAUGCUUUUUAUUUCAUCAAGUUUCUCUGAUUUCUCAUUAGUUGAUUCGCUUACGAGUCUGAUUCGCCAGCUACUUUAACAGGAUGUAAAACCAUAUAUUUAUCUUACAGAUAAUAUUAUGUUCCGAGCAAUUAUGAAACAAUUUGCUUUUGCGAUAAUACAUCGCAGUAUAUACUUGUUUAAUAACAAUGAUUAUUGAAUACAUUUAAAUUUUAAUACUUCUGUAUAUAACCGCAAUGAUCAAAAUAUCUUUUGGUCAUCGUCAAAUAAAUUAUUCAUCGUAAAAUAUCUUAAAAUUGCAUGAAAUUAUAGCCGAAUCUUGCGCGUUGAGUGCAUUACAAUAUUUUAUUCUUAACGUUACAUUUGAAGAAAAAAAUAUUACAAAUUUUGACUACAAGAAAAGCUCGAUUUUUUUCGGUGGAGGUGAUACUUUCCGAACUCAGACAAACGUUAUGUAUACGUAGUGCGAUAUUGGUUAUCGAAUGGCCUAUCAUGUUACUAUGAAAAGAUCGAGGAUAGGAGUGCUCUUUCUCCAGAUUUUCGCAAAACUCCCCCGUGUCAUGGAUAAUAAGAGAAAACGCGCAAAAACGCAACGCUAUACGUGCGUGCCAGUAUAAUAGACAAAGUAAAGAUAUUUUGACAAUGUGAAGAGGUGAAAGAAAGAGCAUACAUACACAUCUACACACACACGCACGCGCACACACACACACACACACACACACACACACACAACAAACAAGCGAAUGUGUAAUAUAUUAUAUAUACAAGUCACCGUGACGAGGCGAUGCUACUUAUAGGGACUUUAGAUUAUUUUGAAAUCGUCAACGAAAAGCAAUCGUUUGUAGAUAAUUGUAGGCUAUAUACGUGCAGCUCUAGUACGGAAAUGGUGGAGGAUAUUGUGUGGCAACGUUAAAUUGAUGAGGUUUCCCUCUAAUUUCGAUUCGCUGUCGGAUUCCUUUCUUAUUCGGAUGUGCGCGAGCAUAGGUGCGCUUGAUGUGCGUAAUCACUUUGUCUCCAUCAUCUUAUCUACUCUUUAUCGCGAGAGUAUAACAUCCUUUAUCGCAGCGUGCAAAUUCUUGAUAUACAUCUUAAGGACAUGUUUCAUACGAAAAUGAGAUGUCAAAAGUGAGUGUCAGGACCUGCGAAUAUAUCGCGUUUGAUAAAGUUGGAAUUUUUAGAGAAUUUACCUUUCAAUCCUCACGUAAUCUUUACGUAAAAGAAAGAUCAAACCAGAGAUCAUAAGUUUAUAUGCUUUAGAAGCUUUAGUAUCUGCUUUAUAUUUUUUAUUUAAAAAUGUAACUUUUAAAUGUUUAUUGACUGAUACAGUAAUUCUAGGUACAACUAAAUCGAAAAAGAAUGGAACAGAAUUAUAAAGCACAUUAAUUUUCAAUUUUACAGAUAAAAAUUGUACAAGUAAAUUCUAAAAAAAUUAUUUAUCUCUUUUUGUGAGAUUGUAGCACAUAAUUUUCGAAAUCUUAGUUACAUUAAAGUGCAGUUUGUAUAUUUGUUUGAAUAUCUUUGUUUAUACGAGUAGGUCCUGAUGUAUCUUAAAUUUUAGAAGACUAAAUGUCCGCUCCAGGAUUUUACUACCAAAAGCGGCAAAAUUGUUCUAUUAAUAGCAAAAGUUUCCGAAGAAAAUGGUCGAUGAUUCUUUCGACUCUCCGUUAAAUCAUAAAAUUGUACAGUUGACAUUUGUUCUCGAGACGAAAGGCUUCUAACUCUCGAGUGGACACGCAGCCUCACUGUCAGCCAUUUUUCCUAAAAGUGCCUACGCUGUCUUACACCCUUUCGUGUCAUUCGAUUCGUUCGAAAUCCGCCCUAAGCUGAACGAAAAUGGGGUGGCGCGAGGAAAAAAGUGAAACGGAAACUAAGUAAAUUAAUGAAUCUCAUGCCGAUUUUCGCGUCGAAGCAUGGCGGCGUUCUUCUCUCCGCGGGAUCUGUUCAUAUCUCGUGCCGUCGACGUAGAUUCACGAAAAUUGAGAUCGAUUCUAAAAGACGGAUUUAUCAGCUCCGAGGUGUUCAGACAAAUACAAAGAGAGAAAUAUCGUCGAGAGUACAAACGGCUCUAGAACAUUAGAGUGGUAACUGUGCGAGAGACGUAGCCUGAGACGUAUCGCUGUUAAUAACGGAGGUUUCGCGAGAUUUCGGGCUUUCCCAGGUGAGCGAUAAACCAAACCUCCCUUCUAGUCUAUUAUUAGCGUUGUCAGGGAAAACGCGCGUUUCGAACUGGCAUGCGGAACCUCACUUCCGUGGCUUACUAAUAAGCCGGCUGGGACGAGAUUAGUUGAAAUCAAAAUUUAAUUCACUUAAAUUAGAUAGUGUAGAGAUAAUGAUUAAUCCGUGCAGGAAGGACACGUUUUGUUUGACGACCAAACGCUUUUCGCUAGAGCAGAAGAACGCCGCAAGCGAUAAGCUAAUUGUAUAAAUAAACGGAUGUCAAUUGCAAUAUAAUGUAAUUCUCUAGUUAUUAAUUAAGGGUAUCCGCUCUCGCUGGGCCAAUCGAUGUAAAGAAAAAAAAAGAAGAAAUUAAACAACCGAUAAAGCUUGGAUGGAAAAUUGAUAUACUACUUCUUAAUCCAAGUCUGGAUGAUUCUACUCUACGAGCAAUCUUUUGAGAGUGUAAUUAUUCGAAGGACAUUAAUUCCCUUGCCAUGUUUUUUUUAUACUCCUCUGAGAACAUAAUUCAUACAGCUGAAUUAAUACUAAAAUUUAAGACUGUAUAAUAUCUGAGAGUUUAUACUUGACGGAGAUACUUUUAAUUUUAAAAACCCUUUAAGAAGCGUGUAUUAAAAUGAAACUGAGAUCCCGCUUGCAAUUAUCGCGAAUCUCGAUUAUUUAGAAUUGCGCUUCAGAGAGUAAAAUUUUUAAGUAGACACUCGGUCUAAAUUCCGAAGAGCAGGACAAUUGUUUGACGCAAGGGAUGAAAUGGACUGAUAUUGCGAGUUUAAGAUCACCGGGAUGCAUGGCACAGCCUCUGCCCGAUACACUUUACAGAACUUCCCCGGUAUGUAAGAAUUAAGUUAUCAUAGACGAUACGCAGCUGUAUGUACAUAAAAAGGAGGAAGGUUCAUUAUAAUGUAGAUAUUGUUAAAGAACAAGUUGGUGGAUUAUAUCUUUGCGCAACGAUUGAAGGCAGGCAAUAUACAAGAUGUGUCCAAAAGAUAGAAGGUAACAUGUGUUUUCAAUAAUUUAGAUCUAAUUAAUAACGUAAUUAUUGGUGACACAUUUGGUACCAGACACAUUAUAAUUAAUAAUAAUAACUUAGCUCUCUUUAAUUUGGGGAAUCGCUCAGCGAAAAUUUCAUUCAUAUCAGAAUAGUUAAUAGAUCGUAGACGGUCUUUUGCGUUGAAUUUUUAGUAAACAGGGAGAAAGGGGUCGAGGUUCUUUUGAGAAUAUGUAAUCCUGUUAUAUGUGCAAUAUUUUAAAAACGUAUAAUGUAAUUGCGCAUACAUGAAAGUUCAAAGUAUCAAAAUUUAAAAUAUACCCCCUUUAUGAUAUUCGUAUUACCGAUAAGAUUUUUUGUAUUAUCAGUUGACAUUAUUACAGGCUACGUUUUACUCUUAUUGUAAAUUGAUUAUGGUUUAACCCUUUCAAAUCUGGAUUUUUUUUAGAAAACGGACAUAUAUUGUCUAGUUUUAUUUUUCAAGGUUUGGGAUAUUGCUGAAUAAAAAAAAAAACGAAUUAAAAUAUCAAAAUUGGAAAAAUAAAAUGUUGAAUUAUAAUAAAUUUGUUUAUUAUCACAUUUUUUACUUAAAAUUUUGACAAUUAUCUUUAAAGCAAGCUUUAGUUGAAUUACUUAAUAUUUAUCAAAGAUAUGAUAUAUAUACUAUAUGAAGAUCUGAAUAUAUAUAAUAUAUGAAGAUCUGAAAGGGUUAACGCAUUAUACGUGUAUGAAAUUGCAAACGACAGUAAUUUUCAUUUAAGAUUGCGUAUGUCGUUUGUUAACGAGAAUAUCUCGGACAACACAAAGUCUGAAAUUUAAUCAUAAGACGUCUUAUGACCUAAUGUUAGAUUUUGUGUUGUAUUUGGGUCUUGUUCUUCGCGUGACUGUAAAAUUCCAAAUUUCUCGUUAAGCCGUAAAAUUUGUAAUACUUUCUGACGCGCAAUCGGUGACCGUACUCGAUGCUGAACACGGCUAUACGUCAAUUGUAACUAUAAUUACUUGAUAUCGCUGCCGAAAUAUGCGGAUCUUCAUGUAAAUGUAUGUACUACAUCUAGCCUACUGCGUUACUUUUAAUAGUCGAGGUUCUCGGGAUUAAUUCGUUAGAUACAUAUUUAUUUGACUAACGGGUAAGUAACUUAUUCGCUGUAGCUGCUACGUGAAGUGAAGUGAAUCUUUGUACGGACGCGCCUGCAGGAAUAAUUUAACAAAGGGGCUAAAUACCACGUUGUGUACAAAUGUGACGAUGGGUAUUGGUUGUAAAUGCAAUGUUAAUUAAAAAAAAAAAACGGCCGACGCGACGACGAGAAUGAAGCUCUGCGCUAAUCAAAACGAAAUAACGAUGAUAAUCUUUCUACAAUCUCCAUUCGUAUGUACACUUUUUGUACGCUUGCAAAUUGUAGCGGACAGUUGUAGUCGUAUGAAGGGUGCGUUUUUUUUCCUGGUCUGUUAGUUCUUGAAAUUUUGUAUCGCAUGCAUGAAUAAACAAAACCAUUUCAUUGCAAACCCA